CUGAUGAACCAAUCAGAAGAGGGCUUACAAAUUUGGUGCAAAUAUUUUCGUUUGGGUUUGCGACUCCGGCGUCUAGACGAUUAGCGAAGGAUUAAAAAAAUAGUUGUGGACGAAAGAUUUUAUGCCCCAUUUGAAUUUGGGUAAGGAUGAGUGCAACCUUGAUGGAAAUACACGAAAACACAAAAAGUGGCAGACAAAGUGCAUUGUUGGGAGAUUAUGAAACAGCUCUUGUUUACUAUCAAGGAGUGAUUAAUCAGAUACAGCGUCUCCUUUCAACGGUCAGAGAUCCAGCAACAAAACAACGAUGGCAAAAGGUUAAGCAGGACAUCUCUCAGGAAUAUGAGCAAGUGAAAGACAUCAGCAACACUUUAUCUAGUUUAAGAUCUGACAGUACUCGCUCAUAUCCAAACUAUGAGAGUUAUAGUUCUUACGAUGAAUAUUCAAGGCAUGAAGAACCUACAAGAGAUCCAGAUGUCUGGCCUCCUCCAACACCUGUUGAACAUCGACCUUCCCCCAAUAUACGUGGUGGUGUAAAACAAUUACAAAAAAGAGCAGACCCACCCCGACCAGCAAAACCAGGACCACCCCCUGGAAAGCAGGUGUCAGCACAGAACAAUCGAAAAGGAGGAUAUGGAGCAGGAAUGGACAGAAAUAGACCUGGAGGAAAAGAAAAAAAGAAGGAUGAUGGAGAAGAAAAAAAAUUUGAUCCUUCAGGAUAUGACAAAGAUCUUGUUGAACACUUGGAAAGAGAUAUUCUCCAGAAAAAUCCUAAUGUUCACUGGGGUGACAUAGCAGACUUGACAGAGGCCAAGAAACUUCUUGAAGAGGCAGUGGUCUUGCCACUUGUUGUUCCAGACUUUUUCAAAGGAACGCGACCAUGGAAGGGCGUGUUAAUGGUAGGCCCUCCUGGCACAGGCAAGACGAUGCUGGCUAAAGCAGUGGCCACAGAGUGCGGCACCACCUUCUUUAAUGUCUCCUCCUCCAGCUUGACCUCCAAGUACAGAGGGGAGUCUGAGAAGCUAGUCAGACUUCUCUUUGAGAUGGCUCGGUUUUAUGCACCAAGUACAAUAUUCAUUGAUGAAAUUGACUCCAUUUGCUCUAAACGUGGAAGUGACAAUGAACACGAAGCAAGUCGGCGUGUUAAGUCAGAGCUGCUGGUUCAGAUGGAUGGUGUUAGUGGCAGCAGUGAAGAUGGGGACACAAGCAAAGCAGUGAUGGUGCUAGCAGCCACCAACUUCCCCUGGGAUCUAGAUGAGGCUCUGCGACGACGUCUUGAGAAGCGCAUCUACAUCCCACUUCCCACAGCGGAUGGGAGGAAAACCCUGCUGGACAUUAACUUGAAGGAGGUGGAACUGGAGUCCACUGUUAAUCUCGGUGAAGUGGCACAGAAACUGGAGGGCUACUCAGGUGCUGAUAUUACCAAUGUUUGCAGGGAUGCAGCCAUGAUGGGAUUUCGCAGGCGGAUUGCUGGUCUCAGGCCUGACGAGAUUCGGAAUAUUCCUAAGGAGGAAUUGGUUGUGCCAACGUCUAUGGAAGACAUCAUGGAAGCCAUCAAAAAAGUUAACAAGAGUGUAUCUGAGAAAGAUAUUGAAAAGUAUCUUAAAUGGAUGGAAGAAUUUGGUUCUGUCUGAUGGAAACUAUUUUUAUGGACAGAACUUCACAGCUGGGCCUCGGAGUUUUUUUUUUUUAAAAUACAGCAGAUUCGAUCAUUCUAAUAAAAACUUUAAGUUGUUGUAAGACUUUUUAACUUACAUUUUUUAAAAUUUGUUGUGAAAAAAUGUUUAUAGUAUUUUCCACUAGUAACUUGCCCUCUGAAAAUUAAAGGGCGGAUGUUAAGGUUUUGUGGAAAGGAAACAAAACAUGAACUAUGAAUGGUAACUGUAACUUUGUAAGACCAUCAGGCUCAAUAACAAAAUAUUAAAGACCAAGGUUAUAAUACAAGGAUUUUACAGAACUAUAACCGGACAAUGUUUAGGUGAUGACAAAAAAAGGAGAGCAAUUCAAGCAUUGCUUGAAAAAAAAAUAUCCAUUAUCUUGAGCAAAUCCAUGACAUGAUAUCAGUUGAUGAUCACGUGUCAAGGUUAAACUGUAUUUUUUUUUUCUCAGGAAAUAUCACUUGCCUGUGAGCAAAUUGAUAUGCCUUGAUAAAAGUUGUGAACUUGUAUUUGAGAAACUCAAAAUAUUGUGAAUUUUCUUGAAAAAUAUUUCACCUCACGCACAAUGAUGAGACAUUCCAGUCUAAACAUCAUUAAACUGUACCUUAGAAUUUCCUGUAUUGCUGAUUUUCUGUAAUUUGCUGCUGGGUGAAUUAUUCUCUUGGGCUUAAAGACAGUGUAUAGUCUCUUGCAUUUACACUUUCAUUUCCUAACAUCCAAAAUGACCACUCCAAAUAUGUAUGGUAUACCACAAAGUAAGAAACUUGCAUAAAAUUUACAUUAUCUUAAUCUGAUGCUGUCAUCAACAAUGGUCAGCCAAGCUGAGGUUACCUAACAGCCACAUAUGCUUUUGCCAGUUGUGUGCGUGCAUCUGAACACACGCAUUCUUUUGCUUUGUUCUAUUGAAAAAAAAAAAGGCAGCAGGAGACAAUGAAACGAGGCUUAACAAUAAAAUCUCGCUCCAAUAUCUUCCAAAAGACAAACCAAAUAGACGAUGUCAAAACCUGUUCAAAGUGAAAGUUUUAAUUUUAAGGGGGAGAGAAAAAAUUACCUGGAAGCAAACUUUUGACCACAAAAUUCUUUAGUGAUAUCAAUGGAGGCAUCUCAAAUUUAUUGAAAUACAUUGCACAAUAUAUUGAUGUAGGCAUUCUUAUGUUCACACACAAACAUUAAAUGCAGGCACCUCUCCACAUCUUUUUGCACUUUUUUUUUUUGUGUGUGCUAAAACUUAAGAGAAAUGCUAACCAGAUCUGUUUCAGCCAAUGGUUCCUUAACACACUGUGACUUUAAUCACAUGCAAACAUUAAGGGCCUUUUUCUGUACAGAAUAAGAAAAAAAUGAAAUGCAUAUGAAAACUGCUUAUUAUUAAAAAAAAUGAAAAGAAAAAA